AUGACAACUGUCGAAGAGGAUCUUCUACUUAGCGAACCCGCAACGACGGAAUUUGAUUGUUCAGCGAUUCUCGAUGAGGAUAUACUUCUCGGCGCCGGAGAUGUGAGCUCCCGCAAAGAGACACUGGAAUCAAUAGACGACUCUUCACUCCUUCUAGAAGAUUCUGUUGAGCAUGCUUCGGAGCAAGAUCCGGAGCAAGUUCCAGAUGAUCAUGAUAAUGAAAAAACCAACAAUGACAACGAAGAUGUCGAAAGUGACAAAGAAGAGUUGGAUUAUGAUGAAGAAGAAGAGGAUGACGAUGGUCGACGUGAGAGAACGAGUCGAUACACUUCCGAGAAGAAAGGAGGAUCACGUUUAACUUCAGAGGAAGGCGAUGAGAAUAAUCAAAGUGGAGGAAAGAGCAAACGUAACAACGGAAUACCAUCACUUUUCGACAAGACCAUAACCAAUAAUCCAUUGAAAAGUGGAGAUCAACCAAUUGGAGUGGUUCUCCGUAUUGAAGGGGAAGCUGAGAGAAUCUUCUAUCCACCACCAUCAUUCAUGGCAAACGAAAUGCAGCAACCGAUUGUUCCACGUCUUCCAAACGGAAUACCACUGAUCGCAAUGCCAGCGAAUCACGGACGUGCUGGAUUCGGAGCUGGGUAUCAACAACAAGCAAGGAUGGCCGGAGGUGGUGGAAUGUCUGUAAUGCCUGGACAAUGGGAUAAUGAGGUGGCAAAGUUCUUGAGCGGUGCGCCAGUAUCCUCGUCGCAUCGCGCCCGCAGUGGCAAGAAGAGAAGAAGCUCGUCGUACUCCAGUGCUUCCAGUUAUUCCAGUGACAGUCGAUCCAGAUCUAGAAGCUCUUCUAGAGGCAGAAGACGUGACGAUAAGAGAAGAAGACGCAAUGAUGAUCGUAGAGAAGUUAAAAGUUAUGGAAGAAGAGAUGACAGAAGAGACGAUAGAAGAGAUGACAGAGAUAGAAGACGUCACGAUGAUCGCCGCUCGAAGGAUAGAUCAAGAGAAAGAGAUUCCUAUCACUCGGAAAGGGACAGAGAUUCAAGAAGAAGAAAGGAGCAAUCUAGAAAUGCUACGAUUGAAAGUGCGAAAGCAUUGGGUCUCUCGACUGAUUAUAUGGACCAAGUCAAUGAACAAAAGAGAAAAAGAGAAGAAAUCGUUCGAAAGAAGGAAGAAAGAAGACAUGGAUCUGAUAAGAAAGAGAACUCAUCUGCUCCGAUCGCUUCUGUUUCUGCCUCCACAUCAACUUCUGGCGGAAAAGACAAAAUGAAGGCGUACUUGGCUGUAAAUGUUUGCGGUGUUCAACAACUUCCGACAGCUGUCAGAAAGAUUGAAGCAUUGGCUGUUGACUUGGGACCGAUCAAGAAGUGUUGGAGAUCUGCUGAAGAUGUCGUUUCGAUUAUUUUCAAUGCUCACGACAAGGCGAAGGAUUUUAUGAUCAAGUACAAUGGAAAAGUGCUCUCCGGUCUCCGAAUAACUGUCUCACUCGAGAAGAAGUUCCUGAAUCUGAGCGAAGUCAACUGA